AUCAGUUUGCGGAGAGACGACCCGUAAUUCCGACGUUUAACCGGGUCCUUGAAGGCAUCCUGACCUUUUACCGCCACACCGACGGUCGGUCACCGGGACCGUCAUGUGUUCACGGCAGCGCGUGUGAGUCUCAGCCCCGCUGCUCAGUGAGUCGGCUGUCACCGAUUACCGGACCCGUUAACCGGUUAGAGGAGGUGCUAGCAGGUUAGAUAGCGGUCCGAGCGGCGGAGUUAGCAUCCAGCAGCUAACAGAAGAUGGAGGAGUUUCUGUCGGGCUGCCGACGGGCCGUGAAGGUGAACGCAGACCAGGCGGGUCCAGGGUUCCACGUGGUUCUGGGGAACGAAGCCUGCGAUGUGGACUCCAUGGUGUGUGCGCUGACCUACGCCUACUUCCUGUCCAAGACUGCACAGGGUGAGAUGCUCGCUCUCCCUCUGCUGAACAUCCGUCAGUCAGAGCUGCUGCUGCGUUCGGAUAACGUCUUCCUGCUGCGGCAGGUCGCUUUGUCUCCAGAUCUUCUGCUGUUCAGGGACCAGCUGGACCUGCGAGCGCUGCAGCGAGCCGGCCGCCUGCGGCUGACGCUGGUCGACCACAACAUCCUGCCCAGUUCAGACAGCGACCUGGAGGGGGCGGUGGUGGAAGUGAUCGACCAUCACCUGCUGGAGAGAGAGCCCUCCUCCUCCUGUACUGUUACCGUGGAGACGGUCGGAUCCUGCGCCACUUUGGUGACCGAACGCAUCAUCCAGAAAUCUCCGGAAAUCCUGGACCAGCAGGUCGCUCAGCUGCUCUACGCGGCGGUGGUGUUGGACUGCGUGAACAUGGCGCCCUCUGCAGGCAAAGUGACUCCUAAAGACAGCCAGUUCGCUGCAGCGUUGGAGAGCCGCUUCCCCUCCCUGCCACCGAGGGGCGCUCUCUUCCAGACGCUGCACAACGCCAAGUUUGACAUCUCAGGUCAGUCACAGCAAACUGUUUUCAGUAUUCACUGCAGUAAGUGGAAGUACUGGUACUUGAUAAAACUCUUACUGAACAAGUAUUUGCAGUAUUUGUCCUCAGGUCUGCAGUAUUUUCAGUGUUUCCCCUUGGAUGGAGUUAUUAAAAUAAAUUUCUGUCUGAAUAUAAAACCCCAACACAACACGUCUCAGCAACUUUGCUCUUGUGUCCAUGAGCACGCGAUGCGCCUUAGAACAGCUUCAAACUGCAGUGUUUUCCCAGUUUAAUGGGAGCUUUACAUG